AUGGCCACUAUGGCCGGUGUUACUUCACCGGCGGCUCCACCACCGCCGCGAACCUUUUCUAGUUUUUCCCAAAAGCCACCCGGAAUUGAGAUGAAUAAAGAUUCACUUAUUAAACAAGUGAAAUUCAUGAAUGGUACUCCCACUUUGGAGUAUAAAGAUGACGAAUUUGAACGAUUGGUUGCACCUCACAAACUAUACUUGGAGGGAAAAUUCUCAUAUGGCAGGCCAAAAAUGGAAGAGAUCCAUGAUGAAUUUAAGAAAAUUGGAUUCAACGGUGGGUACACCUUGGGACUCAUGAACCCAAGGCAUGUUUUUAUCCGGUUCAAUCAAGAAGAAGACUACCAAAGAUGUUGGAUUAGAACAUUUUGGAAUAUUGGAGUUGAAAGCCGCCCCGUUGUGCUGAAAAGGCCGGAAGAGGGAACCCUAGCUUCGCGCAACAAUGAGUCGCACACCCCUGUGGAAGAAACCCUAGAUGUCUCAGACUCCCAUAAUGCCCCAUUACAGUUGGAGAAUGAAACACAGUCUGAAGUCGCGCAUUUGGCUAAGCUCUCGGAAACCAAGAACCUCUCAAACCAGUUUGCUGUAUUACAGGAUGUGGAGGACGGUAAACUUGAUUUGGUUCAUGAUCUCAGUGAUACAGAGAAUGUUUUUACAGAAGGAAUUGGAGCUGCUCUGUCAGUAGACCCGAUUGCGGAUGCUUUGCAGAAUAUCUCUUCUUCGCCGGUGCCUGGUAAAUUUCCUGAUGACUCUUACGAUGCUAAGAGUCAACAUGAUGGUGAAGAUGAUGCUCCAGAGGACUUUUGCUGGUCUGAGAGUGAGAAAGAUGGCUCACAUCAACAUCCGAACACCCCAUGGAUGGUAGGCGGGAAUUUUAAUGUAAUAAGGUCUCUUGAUGAAUACUCGGGUAUUUCAGUUCAAGAUCAAGCGGCAAUGGCACAUUUUAAUGAUUUCAUUGAAGAGGCUUCCCUAACGGAGCUUCUCACUAUUAGGGAGGAGUUUACUUGGUGUGGAACAAGAAGUACGGGCUGGGUGAGUAAGAAGUUGGAUCGCAUCCUCUUUUCAAUGGAAUCGCUUGCUAGUUUCCCCCAAAGUUGCGCCAUGUUGCUUCAGUUUGAUACUACUUUGGAAGUUCAGCCAAGAAGCUUUUGUUUUCAGAAUAUGUGGUUGAGAAGGGAUGAUUUUAUGGGCCUUGAAAGUGUUAAAAGAUGCUUGGGUAUGCAAAAAGGUUCCUUCCCCUUUGUUUAUCUCGAUCGCCGGUUGUAUCAAGGGCGGAAAAAGGCAGCCACCUUUCAGUUCAUUCUUGAUGCGAUUGAUAAACGGCUGUCUAACUGGAAAAAUAAGUUUCUCAGCCAAGGUGGGCAUCUUGUGCUAAUCAAGCAUGUUUUGUCUGCCAUUGCACUUCAUGUUUUUGCUGCUAUUGAGCCACCAAAGUCUAUUAUAAAAGCUGUAGCUCAAAGAUGCCAAACGUUUCUCUUGGAAGGUGUAGAAGGGGAUGGGAGGCGACAUUGGUGGUCUUGGAAUCGUCUCACUUUCCCUGUUGUGGAAAAUGGAGUAGGGCUGCGAGAUUUCCAUGAUGUUUUGAAGGCUUUUUCCUUCAAAGUUUGGUGGAAAAUGAAACAUAGUGAAGGCAUAUGGUCGAGGUUCAUUCUCUCAUUGUCGCAUUCUGCAAGAAGGAAAACAUCUUGGAGUCACUUUGCAAAAGUUGAUAUUGUGGCAACAAAUCACUCUAAAGUGCUGACAGCCAUUGGAAUCAUCAAGAAGGAGCCAUCAUUUAUUUUCUGGGAGACAUGGAAAGCGCGGAACAAGUUCCUUUUUGAAGGAAUCGAUACAAAUGAGCAUUUUAUUAUUAAUGCAGAGGGGGAACAUCUACAUAAAAUGCUGCUUGUAGAUGUUCUUCCCACUCGGAAUAACGAGGAACGAGUUUUCCUUCAAGAGAGGUUUCUAAAGGCAAAGUUCAGAGUGAAAGGAAUGAAGAUUGCUGCGGUUGCUUGGAGACAACGAGAACACCUUGUUCUCAAUACUGAUGGCUCUUCAAAAGCUUUCUCUUCGGGGUAUGGUUUUGUAAUACGUGGAAGGAAUGGUAGUUUUCAUUAUGGAGGAUCUGGCUUUCUAGGUGAAGGUGAUUGUUUUCAAGCGGAGGUAUAUGGUCUCUUAUUUGGGGUUCGUAAGUGUGAGUGUCUAGAAUUAUCUCCCUUGGAAAUCCAAACGGAUAGCCAAGUUUUGGCCAAUCUUUUAUCUAGUGGGGGUCCCUAUCCUUGGAGAUUUUGUGAGGGAUUGGAGGAGAUUCAUGCUAUCAUGGAGAGAAGGGAAUAUACUAUACACCAUAUAUUUAGAGAAGCUAAUGCGGUUGUGGAUAGUUUAGCUAAGAGGGCUUCAUCUGAAUUUUUUGAGCAAUAUGAGGGUUUUGGUUAUCUUCCUAGUUUCACCAGAGGCCUUAUUCUUUUAGAUCAGCAAUCUAUACCAUAUGUAAGAGUGAGGUAUUAG